AUGCUCAAAUGCCCACCAGCUUACAAUGUCCGACUCCUCCGGCAUGAGAAGCACUUUCUGGAAACAGAACGGAAGACGCUUGAGACACUACACGAAUACACGCAAAUACCUGUUCCUCAACUCAUCAAGCACGAUACUCAUGGCGGACCGCUCGGCACACCAUUUCUCAUGAUGAGCCACAUACCCGGUCGCAAGCUCUCGGAACUUGCGCCAUACCUUACAGCCGGCGAAAGAAGUUCUAUCGACCGUACACUGGGUACUCAUGUCCGCGCUCUUACCACACUAUCUGCAACUCAGUUUGGUAUGACACAUCGGGUCUUUGCCAAAAAUGGGAACAACUCCUGGCGUGAGGCCUUCCUUGCUCUCCUGGAAGCCGCAUUACGUGACGCAGAAGACAUGCUAGUCAAUGCACACUCGGAAAGCAUACGUUACUGGGUUGGCAAACACGCGUACUGCCUGGAGGAAGUCACCGAGCCGCGUCUUGUAGCCCUCAACGUAUGCGACCCGGAAAAUGUGCUCAUCGACGAGCGUACUAAGCAAGUCGCUGGUCUGGUCGGGUUCUCAAACGUUAUCUGGGGCGAUCCACUGAUGAGCGGGGGCAUUGCGGACGGCAACGAAGCGUUCUUCGCGGGCUUAGGAGACUAUCCCGUGGACACUAGCGGUGCGAGGACUAGAAUGCUCAUGUACGAAAUCUACAGGGCCACUGUACGGAUCGUCACACGCCACUACCGGCCGCAUGACGGCAUUGAUGAGCUUGGUGCGAGGCGUGAGUUGAGCUAUGCACUCAACGACCUAGCGGCUAUCUAG